AAAUUUCUGUUUUAAUUUUGCAAUAAUUCCUGGCUUAAGACUAUAGAUAUGUGUAUUUUAAAACUACCUCUCUAUCACAUUCCUUCUUACAUUCACUCUUCUUACUUAAUUUCUUUGGAUCACCCAUUGCUGCGAGUCAGUGAUUAAUUUAAACAUUUUUGACCGUGGUAUUUUAAUAACGUACACAGCUGGAUGACCCAGACUUCGCGGACAAUAUAGCUUUGCUUUCUCACAGCCCAAAGCAAAUGCAAGUGAACACAAGAAUGCUCGCAAACACAAUCUCAAGUAGGCCUCACCAUCCAUGGAGGGAAAACAAACGUCCUUCAGGUCAAAAGACCACAUCGAGAUCCAGUAACUUUGGAGGAAGUAAAAACCUUUACAUACUUAGGCAGAGUCCCUGACAGUCAGGGCGGCACGAUGCAAAUGUCAGAGCCAGAACCGACAAGGGAAGAGCUGCAUUCAUCCAGCUCCAGAACAUCUGUAGCUCUGAAGAAAUCAGCCAGCGGACCAAGCUCAGACUCUUCCGCUCUAACAUCAAGGAUGGAUCAGCCACACGCCCUGAGAGUCCAACACCAGCAUCACGAGACAAGCCCUCAGAUGGAGCCAUCAAGGCAAACGAAAGAGAGGCAGGCCCAGGAACUCCUGGCUCAGGAACCCUGAUGCUGACAUCACGCAGCGUAGCCUGACAUGGAAACAGCUGGAAAAGAAGGCCCAGGAUAGGACUCUGGUAGACUGUGAUAAACAGCCUGUGCUCCAUGAAGGAGCACAGGACGUUUAUCAUAUGUAUAGCUUAUUUUGAAAGUUAUAGGCCGGCAUGAGUACAACAGUGAAAAGUGAUGACCUAUUGGUAAAGAUGCUGUAAUCCAAUGCAGUUGAUGGGUGAUAAAUGUUAACAUGUUUUUUUAUGUUUAUGUCUUGGAAUGAAAUUUAAUAGAGUGUGUGUGUUUUUUAUUUAUUUAUUUUUUCCCAUUUAAAUCAAAUUUUAAGCAAGGGGCGAGUUGCAACACUAACAAGUUAAAUGCUCCGUGUGGAGCACUUUGAGCAUGUUUUCCCGUCUUGUUGUCGGAGACUCGGGUCGGUCCCUGACAGUUGACCCAGAAGCCGAUGGAAACUCCAACGGUUCGGGACCCUCCAACGGUUUUGAGUGAAAGCGGGAGGAUCCUCGUCUUUAUCGACCCAGGGAUAGCGCAGACAGAAGCAUGGAUGGACAGACUUCUCUCCCAGACAGUAUUAAUCCCAACAACUUCCCUGCCAAGCUGUGGCGUUUGGUGAACAACCCGGCGUAUAAAGCCAUCAGCUGGGAUGACAGCGGCGAGAUCAUUGCCAUCAACCAGCACCUCUUCGAAACACAGAUCCUGUCCCCCAGGGCCAUCAGCUCGGACAACGUGGACUCCUUCAAGACGACCAACUUCUCCAGCUUUGUCCGUCAGCUCAACCUGUACGGCUUCAGGAAAGUGGACGCGCCGGUCGACGCUCAGCCCAGCUGGUACAGCGGGACCAUCCACUACUUCUACAACUCAAACUUCCAGCGGAACCGGCCAGAGCUGGUUGCCAACCUGAGGAGGCUCACCGUUGACAAUAAGGCCAAGCUGCAGGCCGGUCUGACCGUCAACUGUCGGCCCCCGAGUCGAAACCAGUGGUGGAGGUGUGCUGAUGAUGACAGAGUUUCUCCAGGAAGCUCUUCAAAUCAUCCUUACUACCCAAUUAAAGCCCAGGCCACGAAAUCGCACAUUGGAACCCCAGUCCCACCUCGGUACCUACUGAGGGGUCACGGUGCGACUCUGCCUCCCACAGUUUUCGCUAUAGACAAGGCGAUGCCUGCUCCUUUGAGCCACCACUACGCCGGUCUAGCGUCGGGCUCCAACGCUGUGCAGGUUCAGCAGCGUUUUCUGGUCCCCGCAAACCAGGGUAGUCCAAGCGUCACAGCUUUCAACCCCCGUGGUGCCCAGUAUCAGCCUGGCUAUUAUUCCACAGGUUGCCUCUGUUGUCACCCAAACCUUGUAGCACCACAUGCGGCAGGAGGUGGCCUUCAGACAGGGUUGUUCUCUCCCCAGAGUUAUUAUCAGGCAGGAUAUCCCAUGGAUCCGUUGUGUCACAGGGACCACCAGCUGAAUGUAAAGAAUAAGGAAAGCCACGAGGAGAAAAAAUGUGACAUCAACUUGGACGUAAUUCUCCAGAUAGCAGACGAAGUAAUGCAGACUCCGCCCAGUAACUACCUGAUUAAAGUUGAGACCCCAGAGAAGUCACCAGCCGCGUUAGAGCCUCCCUCCAACACCUGUGACAGCAGCGGCGACACCGCGAGGGCAACCCCCGCCUGCUCGACACCCAUUAUAUUGUCCGUGUCGAGCAAUGCUCACCUCGUUAAAUAUAGGCAGCAGGACGACUCUGUAGUUUCUGUACCUGAGCAAAUGCCUGAGGAUGCUAUAUUUGAGGUUACCAGUGAUCACUCAAAGGACUCUGAGGUCAUAUGUGUGGAGGUUGGCGAGGGUGCCUGGGACACCAGUCAGGAUGAUAAGAGCAGUGACACAGGGAGUACAGCAGACCUUUAGAAGCCAGCUUGUUAACUUGGUUGGUAUUUGACAGGGACCCCCGAUUCACCCCAGGAUGUGAUGUUAAGACCUUAUUAUAGCCGGACAUCACCCUCCAUUUAUUUCUUGUGUAAAAGACUAAUUUAUUUCUAUCUUUUUUUUUUUUAAUGUUA